AUGUCUUCGUGCAAUAGUGGAUACAAUGGCCAAUAUAUGGGCGCAAGAAUUGCAUCCGUUUUUGUAUUAUUGGCACUUUCGGCCUUGGGCUCGUUUUUCCCUCUUGUGGCUUCCAAAUGUGAAUGCCUUUGUAUACCGAAGAAGGUUUUCUUUGUUUCCAAGUAUUUUGGAAGUGGGGUUAUUAUAGCCACAGCCUUUAUUCAUCUCCUAGGUGAAGCCCAGGCUAAUUUUGCAAGUCCAUGUUUGGACAGCUCUUGGGACGACUAUCCAUGGUCAUCUGCUUUUGCUUUGAUGGGUGCUUUCGUCAUGUUUACCAUCGAAUUGUUCGUGCAAAAGGGAAUGCAACAUAGACACCAGAUGGAACGUGAGCAAACAGAUGAAGAACAGCAAGUGGCCAAGGCCGGUGUGGUUGGCACGAAGGAAGAAGAAAUAGAGGAACAAGAAGUGGAAAGUACUUCGAGCGAAGAAGACUUUCUCGAGAAGCAAAGCAAGUUCAAUAAAUUGCUCAAUUUAUUCUUGCUUGAAUUUGGCAUAGUGUUCCAUUCGGUGUUCGUGGGUCUUUCUUUGGCAAUUGCAGGACGGGAGUUCCCGACUCUUUUUAUUGCCAUCAGUUUUCACCAGUUUUUCGAAGGGCUUGGCAUCGGCUCUCGUUUUGCUUCUACGGUAUGGCCCGAGAAAUUACGUUCUUUACCAUGGAUAUUUGCAUUGGUGUUUAGUUUGACUACACCUAUGGAAUAG